AUGGUAGCAACAACAAGUCCCGUCUUAGUGGACCAACGCCAGCAUUUUAUAAACUAUCCAAAACCGACACAAGGACCGGAUACCCCGUUACAGCCUAGAAAGCUUGACAACCCAGUUGUGAGGGGCCGUCUAUUGGCCUUUGUUGCUUUGAGCAUUAAUUUUAUCCGGUUCAUUCGGGAAAUCGUCUGGCACAAUGCAGGUUUUGGUUCUCUACGGAAUAUUCGUGAAUCGUUGGAGUUGUACGAGGCGCGAUAUGAUCCAACAGUGGUGCCCAUAUCAAACACUCCAACUCAGCUGGAUGAAGAGAGCCAGGGGCCAACAGAAACACCACCAACUCCUGUCAUAGAAUCACUACUAGUUGACACGCCAUAUUAUUCAGUGGCUGAUUACAGAGAUGUGUAUCUGUCGAGCUUAACAACUCCAACAGAUGUCGCGAAUACAUUGCUGCGUCUCAUUCGUCGAGACAUCAGCCCUCCAGGAAAGCAUUCAGCCGCCUGGAUCAGCACAAGAGUCGAUCUCGUUUUGCAAGCUGCCAAGGAAUCAACCAUUCGGUACCGUGAGGGUAGACCUCUCAGUCCUCUGGAUGGUGUACCCGCAGCUAUCAAGGAUGAUUUUGAUAUGGACGGGUAUGAUAUGACAAUGGGUUCGAAGACCAACUAUGCCGGCAAAACAGUCAGCACUGGGUCAAUUACAAAUUGGAAUGUAAGAAAGCUGCAGGAGGCAGGUGUUAUCGUUCUGGGGAAACUCAAUUUGCACGAAUUUGGAAUGGAUACAACCGGAAACAACCCCAAUCACGGCACACCACUUAAUCCGUUCAAUCCAACCUACUACACCGGAGGUAGCUCAUCUGGCUCAGGAUACGCAGUUGGAGCAGGUCUUAUUCCCAUUGCUCUUGGUGGAGAUGCAGGCGGAAGUAUUCGCAUCCCGGCAUCUUACUGCUCCGUAUUCGGUCUGAAACCAACUCACGGGCGUCUCUCAUCAUUCCCAACACCGAAUCCAGCUCCAACCUGCUGUGUGCAGGGACCUAUAGCAGCAGACAUGUAUUCUCUAACAGCAGUCUAUAAUGUCAUUUCGGAUCCCCACCCAACCUCAACUUUUCCACACCUAUACAAGGAGCCCUCAAGACCACGGACAAAGCUGCUUGGUAUUUACGAACCUUGGUUCGACCUUGCAGCUCCCGGCGUAAAGAGUGUAACAAAAGCCAUGAUCAGAAAGCUCUGCACGGAAUAUGGCUACACAAUCGUCCCUAUUAGCAUUCCUUUCACGGAAGAAGGACAAAUCGCCCACGCUAUGACCGUUUUAGCCGACGCAGCCUCCCUCCUCCCCAAACCCGCCAACAUAACUCCCGCAAAUAAACUUCUCCUCGCUAUCGGCCGUACAAUCCCAGCAGGCGAUUAUGUCCUCGCCCAAAAGCUCCGCAACCUCUUGAUGCAACAUCUCUCCCACCUAUGGCAAACCUACCCAGGAAUGAUAAUAAUAACCCCCACAACAGCCUGCCCUGGCGCUCCGAUCCGCGGCGGAGCCAGUGAACUAAAGCGCGGUCUGAAUGACGGAAACCUCACGAUAGAGAGUAUGACGUAUGUCUGGCUGGCCAAUUUAUGCGGCAUGCCUUCUCUAUCCGUUCCCGCUGGGUUUGUGAUACCUGAGGGACAGGAGAGGGCGGGUGAAGAAGCGGAUAAAGAGACGGUUGGAAAAAUACCAGUUGGGUUGAUGGCGACGGGGGAGUGGUGUAGCGAAAAGGCGCUUUUGGAAUUUGGUGUUGAAGCCGAGGCCGUAGGCGUUGGAAAGAGAUGUAAACCGCCGAUUUGGGAGGAUGUGUUGUUACAGGCGAGGGUUGGUCCUAUUGAGCAGGACUCGGAGGAGAAGGGACAUGACAUGGCGAGUUCCCAAGAAUGGCUCUGGAUUUGGAGUUUUGGAAUAUCUCCUUUUUUCAAAAGGAAAAACGCUUAA